AGAAAUCAUAUCAUACUCACCGAUCUUUUACACCCCUCAUUCCACUCCGACGCGAGGUAAAAAUUUAUUGUUUGAAUGGCAGCACCAGCAGCAGCAGUCGUCCAAAGACGACCCUGGGAAUGGUUCUAUCAUGAAUUUGGAUUGGUGAGCGUACACCAGACGGGGCGGAAUGCCUAUCUUAUGAUUCUGGCGAGAAGUCUUCGUAUGUUGGCAUAUGGAACGAAUGCGGUUAUUUUGGCAUUAUUCUUCGCUGAACUCGGUUUCUCCGACCGUCGAAUCGGUCUCUUCAUGUCCAUGACUCUUGUAGGAGACGUCUUCCUAGGAACAUUCCUAACCCUCAUCGCCGACCGCUUCGGCCGUCGCAAAAUCCUCCUCAUAGGAAGUCUCCUCAUGGUCUUCACGGGCCUCACAUUCGCACUCUGUGAAAAUUUCUGGCUACUACUCUUCGCCGCCAUCAUCGGCGUCGUAUCCGCGACCGGAGGGGAUUUUGGUCCGUUUCGAUCGAUUGAGGAAUCCAUGCUCUCGCAAUUGACGACGCCGGGGACGCGCGCAGAUGUGUUGGCGUGGUAUGUGACGGCGUCGGCGUGGGGGUCUUCGUUGGGGAGUGAAGUGGGAGGGAGAAUGAUUGAGAAUUUGCAGAGGAGAGAAGGGUGGGGGUUGAAGGAGGCGUAUCAUGCGGUGUUUUGGAUGUAUGCGGGUAUGGGAGUGGUGAAUAUUGGGGUUGUGUUGUUGCUUACGAGGGAGUGUGAGGCGGAGGGGAGGGGGGAGGGGAGGAAGGGGUAUGAGGAGAUUGUGGAAGAAGUGGAAGUGGAAGAAGAAGAAGAUGAUGAGGAGAGUGAUGAGGAAGAAGAUAAUGAUGAGAGUGAUGAGGAAUCGUUCGCGAUGGUUGUUGACCAACAACACCAGGAUCGCGGCUCUGCUGAUGAAGCUUCUUCACGAUCUCCAGGUUUAUUAGAAGUAUCUGUACCAACCCCGACGAAUCCGUCUACAAGGUUUGACAGUCUUCGAUCCUGGAUCCUAAAAUGGACGGGAGACAUCUCCAAACCAACCUUGAAGGUCGUCUGGAAGUUAUGGGUACUUCUCGCCAUUGAUUCUCUCGCAGAUGGCAUGGUCCCCUUUAGUCUCACCAACUACUACAUGGACCUAAAAUUCCACCCCUCAAAAUCCACCCUCGGCGACGUAACCUCCAUAAGCUACUUCCUAACCGCCCUCGGCGGCCUCUUCGCCAGCCCGCUCGCCAAAAAAAUCGGUCUAGUGAACACCAUGGUAUUCACACACAUCCCCUCCUCCACCUCAGUACUCCUCUUCCCGUUCCCCUCAACGCUCUGGAUGAGCGUCGGAUUCCUCUUCAUCCGCUCGGCAUUAAACAACAUGGAUCAAGCACCUCGAUCAGCGCUGAUUGCAGCCAUUGUGCAUCCGAGAGAACGCACGGCGGUGAUGGGGAUUACGAGUGCAUUGAGGACGUUGGCGGCGACGUCGGGGCCGAUGGUGACGGGGUUUUUGGCGGGGAGUGACAGGUUUUGGGUGGCGUUUGUGGUGGGUGGGGCUUGUAGGUUGGUUUAUGAUGUGGGGUUGUGGGUGUUGUUUGUUAAUGUGAAAUUGCAUCAGCAUGAGGAGGAGAGGGGGGUUGAGGGGGGAGCGGGAGAGAGGGUGGGGUUGGGCGAUGAGGAGGAGUUGUUGGGUGGGAGACGGUUGAAGGAUGGUGAUGAUGAUGAUGAUGAUGGUAUAAAUGAACGACGGAAAUGAAUUCAUGUCCUAGAUAGGUACAUAUAG